CGUGUUCACGCACGCUACCGAGGCAGGAGGCAUCGUAGUGAGUUAUUGCGCUUCAGAGCAGCAGCGACGGCAGCACCGCUACUGAGGAUGCGGUGACAGCCACAAUAAUAUUUCUGCACAAUAACAGAGACAGGUGUGUCUUAACAGCGUUGUUUGGAGUCGCCAGCGUUGAUCCGAGCGUCUUACAUCCUUUCAUUUUGAUGAGCGCACCCUCCCAUUGUCAACCUGCUGGGGGCCUAAAAGUGUGGAGCACACCCGGCUUUUAUGAAUGGGAUGCUCGGUUCGCAGGCUGACUGGAUUUAAGGAGCAUUACUCUUCAUUCCAAGGUCUCUAACAAGCAUCGCAUUCAAGAUCUAGAAGCUCUUUUCAUAGUCUGACUGCAUCUUUUCCUACUUCUUUGUGCAAAACAAAACACCUAAUCAGCCACCAUGCCGAUCUUAAAACAGCUAGUGUCUGGCUCCUCCCAGACCAAGCGGCGCUCACGCAUGGACCUGACCAGGGAGAUGAUCAGCGCCCCGCUGGGUGACUUCCGCCACACUAUGCAUGUAGGUCGCAGCGGUGAUGCCUUCGGAGACACCUCCUUUCUCAGCACCCGCUCUGGGGAGCCUCCCCCCGAGGCCACAUCCUUUCCCCGCUCCCCACGGCCUGGCCUCCUGUCUCGUACCUUCAGGAGCAGCAAACGCUCCCAGUCGGUGACCAGGGUGGAUCAGCAGAGCACCCUGGUGGUCCCAGGUGGGUCACCUACCUACGUGAAGAGCGCCAUGUCUCUGCCUUUCCUCAAUGACGAAGACAGAGGGGACAGCAUGGUUGCAAAGAGCCUGUCUUCGAGUCCUUUGAAGCAACACGACGAGGUGGACGGGAGAGGUGCAGCUGCUGCAGCCGCUCACAUCUUGGAGCUGGAGGAGGAAAACUUUGGCGAGCUGACCGAGCUCCCGGAGACCCCCAAUCACUAUGGAGGUGGCAUGAAGCACGCUGUGUCGGUGAUGUCUUUCCACGUCGACCUGGGGCCCUCCAUGCUGGGCGAAAUCCUAGGGGUGAUGGAAAAGGAAGACGACGAUCUCGGCUACGAGGAGGGCAAGAGCAGUGAGGGCCGCGCCUCACCACCCCUCAGCAUGCACGGCGAGGAAGAGGACAGCAUGGAGAAGGGAAAAGAUGAGGAUACAGAGGAGCAGAUGGAGGCAGAGGAAGAAGAAGAAGAAGUAAAAGAGGUGGAACUGCAGCAACAGCCCUCUAUGCACCCAGCCAGCUCUAUUGACCUGGGGCCCGAGAACGUAGGGCCCUACACCCCCGAGUACACCCCUGAGACACGGCCCAAACACUUGCAGCAUCUAGACAGCUGCUCCAUGUCCAGCUCUGGCUCUGCUGCCCUGGACGAGAAGCCGAACAGUCAGACCUAUGCAGGAGAUACAGACAGCGCCACCUUCAGUGCCCCGCCAGAGGAAGAGAGCAACUUCUCCUCUUUCUUGGAGGAUGAAGACGACGAGAUCCGCGUAUGAGAUUCCAAAGCCUUCAAAAAAAAAAAAAAAAAAAAGUAGGACAGAGCUCUGGAAAGGGGGUUUAUGUGAAACUAGCAAGUCCUUUGACAAUGUGGAUUUGUGCUUGAAGUCACUGUAGUUGGUUACUAUGGGAAUGGGACUGUGAAGAAGACUGAGGACUCUUACUUUGUAGGCCUUGCAAAGAGUGUGACUGCUCCUUUAGGAUGAGCCCAAACUCCAUCUGUCAGAGAGCCUUACCCUCCGCUUUCUGUUCGUCUGUCAAUCCGGUUCCUCCCUUUUUGAACACUGAGGGAGCUGACAUGGAAGAGCAGCCACAUAUUUGAAUAUGGAACAUUCCAGAAGUACGCAGGGAGGACGGGUUAGAAAGGAACUUUUGUAGGAAAAACACUUUCCAUAACUAAAGCUCAGUUCACGCUCUCUCUCUCCCCCAUUCUGUCUUCUCUCACUUGACGUGUCACAUGUGCUUUUUUCAUUUGGUUCGCCUCUCUCCCCCUCGCUCUUUCUCUUUCUUUCUUUCUUUCUUUCUUUCUUUCUCUCUCUCUCCCUUUCUCUCGCUCUCUCGUUGUUGUGCUUUCUCUCUCUGGCUGUGGGACAUCAUGAGGCCCGAACAGAAGGUCUCUGUCACUGCAGGAUCACUGGUGGGUAUCUCGUCACUAUAAGGGGGGGUGGGGUGGGGGUGCUGUGUUUGUCACUGGAGUGUGAAGUCCUGCCUUGAGCCGCUUUCAUUUGAAAAUAUUAUACAAGUACCAUAGAUCUGUCAGACUUUUCUCCCUUAUGUAACUCAGGGUCCUUGUGACACUGCACAAAGUCUGCCAUUCCCCGGCUGUAAAGCUUGGACCACAAAAAGCCCAAACCAAAAUUCUCCUCUCGCUUUUAAUUCACAGUGAGCGCCACACCGGCUUAGACUGAGUGCAAAUUAAGGAAAACAGGGCUAUAAAGCUAAUGGAGAUGCAUUGGCCCACGUUAACUAUAAAGCAAUGGUGUUACUACAGGAAACUAGAGGUGUGAGAAGUGGUGUGUGGCACACUGGAGAGGGACCGCACACUGUGUUUGUUGAUUCUUGUCAAUGAGCAGAUUCUCCAUCUCAGCCUGAAGCCAUAAUUAUGGCGUUUUUUUUUUUUCGUUUUUUUUUUUUUUUUUGGCGGAUUUCCGUGAACUGACAUGGCCAGCUUCCUCCUACUAAUUUGUCAUUUCAAGUUGAAACUGAAAAGAGCUUGAUAACCACUUCCUUCCUUGUUUUUCAUACAUCUGAGCAACUGCAGUGGUGCAAGUGAACUGUGUAAAAGAUGUUGAUCCUCUUUAGUCCAGGGGCUGCCUUUAUGUGUAAAACAGUUUCCGCCACUACUUUACAGUUUAGGGUAUGUGUUAUUGAAAAUUAGAGCACCAGCAGGCACAAUUAAACCACACACUACUUCUGUAUGGUGUUUAAUAUCUGUUGUUGUUUUAUAUCUUGAAAAAAAUUCUUUGCUAUAUUUGUGUUAAGCCUGUUUUAGGAGUGGAUGAAAAAGAAGACACAGCCAGCAAUAGAUGCAAGAGCAUUUAGAAAAGAUUGCUAUUUUUAUGCAAGUUGCACAGUCAUUGCAGCUCCACUGUAUCUCUUGCAUCAUUAAAAGCGGCGGCCAGAAGUAUUGAGGCUCAGUUGCACUGAUUGAUUUCACUGCCUUAACUGAAACUGACAUGUGCCAAAUCAUGAUUUUCUAGCCAAAAAUAAUUUCCAUUUCGAAGCUCACUUUUUUUUUUGGGAGAGCCUGCCGGAUCUAUCUGUCACUUCUUUUCUCUGUAUGGGUAGUCACUGUUGAAUUUAAGUUAAGGUUGAGUUUGGCUUGCAGGUUAAAAAAAAGAAUGAAAUUUAAAAAAAAGAGUAGUGUUUUUAAAAUGUCAUAUCAUGUGGAGGGGGGGGGGGAUUAGAAUGAAUUUGCAUAACUGGAUAUUUAUAUUUCCAAUCACUCACACACUACAUAAUAUAUUCAGGUAAUUUCCAGGGUUCAUUCUGUGCGAAUGGGAAGUUGUCUGUGUUGCCUUUUCCUGUAUGAUGUAUAUUAUGCGUUGCUGAUGUCUUCUUUACUGUAUAUUUACAGCCUUUUUUCUGUAUUAUCCAAAAUAACCUAUAUUUUUCAAUAAAAUAAAGCCUGAACAUCCUUA